AUGGACUCAAUAGCCAUUAACCACACAACAGUCGCUCCUUCAGGAUCCGGGACCGCCAAAACAUCCAAUAUGCUCAAUCAACUUCUCAACACCCUCCACUCCUACCGUCCAACCCCUCAACAAAGCCUCUACUUCAUUGCCUUCCUCUUCCCCUCCCUCUUACUCUAUCUCAUUAACAACCGCUACCAGCAACAGAAACAGAGACAGAAGCAAAAGCAAAUACACGGUUCCCUUUCUUCGAACCCCACCACCUCAGAAAAACAACUCCUCAAAGAAAAUCGCGAACCCGGCAAAUGGCCUCCCUCCUCUUACAUCUUCCCCACCCCGCCUUCCUACCCGGAUUGGGACCUACACAAGACCAAGCCGCUCCCCUACCGCCCCUUCCGCUACGGCCCCGUUUACCACACCACCAUGGGUCUGCGUACUGUGAAACCGGAAAACUGGAUAGAGCUGGAUAACCAGUACCCCAAGUUCCACGAGGACAAGGCAGCAAGGAUUGCACAACGGCGAGAGAAGUGCAUCAUGGUUGCGCCCGAGGCUGCUGAAGCUUCUGUGGAACUCCUGAAGGAAUUGGUGGACUAUCUACCCGCUCGAUACCCGAGUUUGUUUCGCCGGACAGCAGUCGGUAUCGAGAACCUCUGGUCCGGAGAAUCAUUCGACAUUUCUUCAUUGACUGGCACAGGCACCGAAGGAGGUCGCAAAGCAAUGGAGAUGGCCGCGCGUCUAGUCCAAGACGACCUAGUCCUCAUGAUGGAGCGACCAGAUGACCAGUACUACCUCGUCGCCGGCGCCGUCCUGUUGCCUGGGUUCUGGCGGCUCACCGACAAAUUCGGCAUGUCGCUGGCGGAAUUGCACACUUCGGGGGACGUGCCGCAGUAUCAACAAAAGUUGCACAAGGGCAUGUAUAACCUAUUUCGGAGGUUGCGGCCGGAGCAGAUGGUGGGGAGGAACAAUUACUUUAUCCAGGUGGACGACUCGUUGGCUUGGUCGUGGAGUAUCGGGUCGGAAGACGACGAGACGGAGACGAGCUGGUCGACGGCGGAAAAGAAUCGGGCUAUCGAACAUCAUUAUUUCAGGAGUGAGAGGCAGACGUUGAGGAGACUGCCGAAGACGGGGGCGGUGUGCUUUACGAUUCGGACGUACUUUGAGCCCAUCACAGCGGUUGCUCAGGAGGAUUAUGUGCCUGGAAGACUGGCGAGCGCAGUGAGGAGUUGGGGAGAUGAUGUGGCCAGGUACAAGGGUAAGGAGAGGUAUGGAGAGGUUUUGUUGGAAUACUUGGAUAAGAAGCAUCAAGAGCAGAUGGAACGGGGGCUGGAUCUAAGUAGAGAGGAUGAGUGUCGGGCGUAUCCGUUCUAG